AAUGACCGAUGCCCCGUGCGUUCCUCAUGGUACAAGGAAGAUAGUGAGAAGUGGCUUCCUCUUGUCACUCCGCUAAAAGGACGGGCUGUCCGUGAGGCCGCACGUCGUCCCGGCAGCGUUCGAUAAGCACAGCUCGAGUGCGGUCGUUCCUUGCAUCUGGCGCCGUGGAGCAGCAUUCCUGAAAGACUCUGGAAUCCCACAUCGGGGAAACUGCCCGGAAUGGGGCAGCCAUGGCUCGCGUAUCUUGUGGUUGUCAUCGGCUUGUGCUCCCUCAGGAGUGGUCGAACAUCUCCUCAGUGUGAUUGCUACAAAUGCCAGGGAGGGAAUAUGGAACUGAACUGCAGCCACCGCUCCCUCCAGUCCGUCCCUCCCUCCCUCCCGGAGGACACCCAGGUUCUCCUCUUGUCUUCCAACUCCAUCCGUUCCGUCUCUCUCGGCUCGUUCGGGAACCUCUCGAAGCUCCGCCACCUCGACCUCUCCGACAACCGGCUCGGGCGCUUGGAGGGUGACCGCCCGCUGCCGCUGGAGUGGCUGGACCUCUCCUCCAACGCCUUGACCGCCAUUCCCCACCUGGGGAACCUGCCGCAUCUCAGGAAGCUGGUCCUGGAUGGCAACGGGAUCGCGGAUCUCCCCCAGGGGGCGUUCGAGGGCUUGGUCAACCUGACCGAGCUCAGCAUCCGGGGCAACGCCAUCGGUCAUCUCCCCGACGACAUCUUCCACCCGCUCCACAACCUCGUGCACCUCAACCUCGCCUCCAACCGCAUCCAGGACUUCCCCAACGGAGCCUUGGACGGGCUGGAGGAGCUGCAGUCUUUAGACAUCUCCAAUAACAGCCUGAGAGCAAUCCCCACAGACCUCUUUGAGAGCAAUGAAAUACUUCUCUACGUCUACCUGUAUGACAACCCCUGGCACUGUGAGUGUGGCUCGGCCGAAUAUCUCAAAGAAUGGAUGGAAGAAAAUGACGGGAACGUGUACAGGUACGUGGGGGAACCCGACUCGGAGAGUGUGGUGUGUGCAUCGCCCGCUAUGUGGCAGGGAUGGCCCAUCGUUAACCUCACCCUCGAGCAACUCUGCCCCGUCUCCACCACCCAGACGCCCAGCCGCUCUGUCGCUGCCCACCCCUCCACCCUGGGCCGUCUGCGACCCAUCGCCGGGCUUGGCAGGGAAGGUGGGACUGAACUGCAGCCACCGCUCCCUCCAGUCCGUCCCCCCUCCCUCCCGGAGGACACCCAGGUUCUCCUCUUGUCUUCCAACUCCAUCCGUUCCGUCUCUCUCGGCUCGUUCGGGAACCUCUCGAAGCUCCGCCACCUCGACCUCUCCGACAACCGGCUCGGGCGCUUGGAGGGUGACCGCCCGCUGCCGCUGGAGUGGCUGGACCUCUCCUCCAACGCCUUGACCGCCAUUCCCCACCUGGGGAACCUGCCGCAUCUCAGGAAGCUGGUCCUGGAUGGCAACGGGAUCGCGGAUCUCCCCCAGGGGGCGUUCGAGGGCUUGGUCAACCUGACCGAGCUCAGCAUCCGGGGCAACGCCAUCGGUCAUCUCCCCGACCACAUCUUCCACCCGCUCCACAACCUCGUGCACCUCAACCUCGCCUCCAACCGCAUCCAGAACUUCCCCUACGGAGCCUUGGACGGGCUGGAGGAGCUGCAGGUUUUAGACAUCUCCAAUAACAGCCUGAGAGCAAUCCCCAUAGACCUCUUUGAGAGCAACGACAAACUUCUCUACGUCUUCCUGUAUGACAACCCCUGGCACUGUGAGUGUGGCUCGGCCGACUAUCUCAAAGUCUGGAUGGAUGGCAAUGACGGGAACGUGUACAGGUACGUGGGGGAACCCGACUCGGAGAGUGUGGUGUGUGCAUCGCCCGCUAUGUGGCAGGGAUGGCCCAUCGUUAACCUCACCCUCGAGCAACUCUGCCCCGUCUCCACCACCCAGACGCCAGCCGCUCUGUCGCUGCCCACCCCUCCACCCUGGGCCGUCUGCGACCCAUCGCCGGGCUUGGCAGGGAAGGUGGGACUGAACUGCAGCCACCGCUCCCUCCAGUCCGUCCCUCCCUCCCUCCCGGAGGACACCCAGGUUCUCCUCUUGUCUUCCAACUCCAUCCGUUCCGUCUCUCUCGGCUCGUUCGGGAACCUCUCGAAGCUCCGCCACCUCGACCUCUCCGACAACCGGCUCGGGCGCUUGGAGGGUGACCGCCCGCUGCCGCUGGAGUGGCUGGACCUCUCCUCCAACGCCUUGACCGCCAUUCCCCACCUGGGGAACCUGCCGCAUCUCAGGAAGCUGGUCCUGGAUGGCAACGGGAUCGCGGAUCUCCCCCAGGGGGCGUUCGAGGGCUUGGUCAACCUGACCGAGCUCAGCAUCCGGGGCAACGCCAUCGGUCAUCUCCCCGACCACAUCUUCCACCCGCUCCACAACCUCGUGCACCUCAACCUCGCCUCCAACCGCAUCCAGGACUUCCCCAACGGAGCCUUGGACGGGCUGGAGGAGCUGGACGUCUCCGACAACAAACUGUCCUCUCUCCCCCCGUCUCUCCUGGGCAAGUCCGCCCUGCUCCGCCUAGCGCUCCAUGGCAACCCUUGGGUCUGCAAUGACCACAUCCACCACCUGUCCCGAUGGAUCCAGGCCAACCCGGGCAAGGUGCGGGGACCCGAUGGGGCCGCGGAUGACAUCGCCGCCGUCUGCAGUGCCCCUGUCCAUUUGAACGGCGUGCCCUUGGUUCGAAUCCCGCUGCCGGCCCCCUGCCCGGGCGAGCCGACAACGUCCUCGCCGCCAUCGCCCGUCGCGGCCAGGCCCGUUCACGACGCCAUGACCGCCUGGGCGCGGAGGUCCGGCCUUCUCCUGGACAGGCGGGGCUCAAGACCCUCCUGUUGGCCGCAUCUCCUACUCCACUGCGUUGCCCUCUUGCUCGUGGCGAUGCAGCUCUGCGCCCUCUCUUUCUACACUCUCGGCUUCUACCGGCGCCUCUACCGGCCACUCAAGCCGCUCGGACGCGGGAUCAGGCUGGUCCGCUACAGCCUGGCGCUGCCCGACCUCCGGCAGGUCUACCCCCCACCCGGCCCCCACCCCAACCCCGGCCUCCGGCAGGUGGAGCCCCUGCUGGCGGACGAGUACGAUGCGGGCAGUACAAGCACACAGGGAGAGGCAGACACGUUCACCAGCUUCCAGUGAAAGAUCCACCACUACCGGACGCUCGCACGUGGCAAGAACAGUCCCGGCCACAAACGUUCUCCACAGAUGCUGCCCGACCCACUGGUACUCCAGCACUCUGUGCUUUUUUUGUAUAAACCAGCAACUGCAGUUCCUUUGUCACCAAGUUACUCCAGCACUUUGUGUCUUUUUAUAAACCAUCACCUGCAGUUCCAUGGAUCUGAGUCACUCCAGUACUUUGUAUCUUUUUUUGUAUAAACCAUCAACUGCAGUUCCUUUGUCACCAAGUUACUCCAGCACUUUGGGUCUUUUUAUAAACCAUCACCUGCAGUUCCAUGGAUCUGAGUUACUCCAGCACUUUGUAUUUUUUUUGUAUAAGCCAGCAUAUGCAGUUCCUUUAUCACCAAGUUACUCCAGCACUUUUUGUCUUUUAAAAUAAACCAUCACCUGCAGAUCCAUGUACCUGAGUUACUCCAGUACUUUGUAUCUUUUUUUGUAUAAACCAUCACCUGCAGUUCCACGUAUCUGAGUUACUCCAGCACUUUGUAUUUUUUUUGUAUAAGACAGCAUAUGCAGUUCCUUUAUCACCAAGUUACUCCAGCACUUUUUGUCUUCUUUUUUAAAUAAACCAUCACCUGCAGUUCCAUGUACCUGAGUUACUCCAGCACUUAGAUGUUAUAAUGUUUUAUUUUCAAUUGUCUACUGAAUAUUGUGUUGUUACUCAUGGGCAAAGCACCAAGACAAAUUCCUUGUAUGUGUACAUACUUGGCAAAUAAAAUGGAUUCAAUUUAAUUCAAUUCAUUAACCCCUGACGCCCGUUCUAAUCAAGAAUCUAUCUGUCUGCUGUCUGUACGGAGUUUGCACGUUCCCCUCGUGGGUUUUCUCCGAGAUCUUCAAUUUCCUUCCACACUCCAGAUGUGCAGGUUUGUAGGUUAAUUGGCUUGGUGUAAAUGUAAAAUGUGAUCGGAGUAGUAUUAGGCCAUUCGGCCCAUCGGGACCACUCCGCCAUUCAAUCAUGGCUGAUCUAUCUCUCCCUCCGAUUUAUCACCCCCUUCUCCUGCCUUCUCCCCAUAACCCCUGACACCCGCACUAAUCAAGAAUCUAUCCAUCUCUGCCGUAAAAAUAUCCACUGACUUGUGGCCUCCACAGCCGUAUGUAGCAAAGAAUCCCACAGAUUCACCACCCUCUGACUAAAUAAAUUCCUCCUCAUCUCCCUCCUUAAAGAACGUCCUUUAAUUCUGAGGCUGUGCCCUCUGGUCCUAGACUCUCCCACUAGUGGAAACAUCCUCCCCACAUCCACUCUAUCCAGGGCCUUUCAUUAUUCUGUACGUUUCAAUGAGGUUCCCCCCCCUCCAUUCUUCUAAACUCCAGCGAGUACAGGCCCAGUGCCGACAAACGCUCAUCAUAGGUUAACCCACUCAUUCCUGGGAUCGUUCUUGUAAACCUCCUCUGGACUCUCUCCAGAGCCGGCACAUCCUUCCUCAGAUACGGGGCUCACAAUAUUCCAAAUGUGGUCUGACCAACAUUGAAACAUAGAAAUUAGGUGCAGGAGUAGGCCAUUCGGCCCUUCGAGCCUGCACCGCCAUUUAAUAUGAUCAUGGCUGAUCAUCCAACUCAGUAUCCCGUACCUGCCUUCUCUCCAUACCCUCUGAUCCCCUUGGCCACAAGGGCCACAUCUAACUCCCUCUUAAAUAUAGCCAAUGAACUGUGGCCUCAACUACCCUCUGUGGCAGAGAGUUCCAGAUAUUCACCACUCUCUGUGUGAAAAAAGUUCUCCUCAUCUCGGUUUUAAAGGAUUUCCCCCUAAUCCUUAAGCUGUGACCCCUUGUCCUGGACUUCCCCAACAUCGGGAACAAUCUUCCUGCAUCUAGCCUGUCCAACCCCUUAAGAAUUUUGUAAGUUUCUAUAAGAUCCCCCCUCGCAAUCUCCUAAAUUCUAGAGAGUAUAAACCAAGUCUAUCCAGUCUUUCUUCAUAAGACAGUCCUGACAUCCCAAGAAUCAGUCUGGUGAACCGUCUCUGCACUCCCUCUAUGGCAAUAAUGUCCUUCCUCAGAUUUGGAGACCAAAACUGCAUGCAAUACUCCAGGUGUGGUCUCACCAAGACCCUGUACAACUGCAGUAGAACCUCCCUGCUCCUAUACUCAAAUCCUCUUGCAAUGAAAGCUAACAUACCAUUCGCUUUCUUUACUGCCUGCUGUACCUGCAUGCCUACCUUCAAUGACUGGUGUACCAUGACAUCCAGGUCUCGCUGCAUCUCCCCCUUUCCCAAUUGGCCACCAUUUAGAUAAUAGUCUGCUUUCCCGUUUUCGCCUCAUAGAGCCUCAGCGUUACAUCCCUGUUUUUGUAUACAAGCCCUCUUGUAUGAAAAUGCUAGCAUUGAGUUUGCUUUCUUCGACUUGCAGAUGAACUUUUUGGGAAUCCUGCACCAGCGCUCCCAAGUCCCUCUGCACCUCCCAUUUCUGGAUUUUCUCCGCCAUUUAUUCCUUUAUACCUACUACCAGAAUGCGCGACUCCACACACUUUGCAGCACUACAUUCCAUCUGCCAAUUCUCCGCACACUCUCUCAACCUGUCCAAGUCCUUCUGCAGAGUCCCUGAUAUGUCUACACUACCUGCCCUUCCACCUGCUUGCUUAUCAUCUGCAAACUGGCCACAAAGUCUUCAAUCCCCUCGUCCAAAUCAUGAAUAUAUGUGAACAGUUGUAUUCGUGAGAAAUUGUCCCGUGUGUGUAUGUGUUGGGCAGUGUUAACGUUCGGGAGAUCGCUGGUCGAUGUGGACUCGGUGGAGCGAAGUGCCUGUUUCUGCGCUGUAUCUCUAAACUAAAAAAAAUUCUGGACUAACAGGCAGUAUCUCCAGAUAAAAGGGACGGGUGCCUGAAGAAGGGACUCGACCCGAAACAUCACAAUGGACAAUAGGCCCUUCGAGCCAGCACCGUCAUUCAAUGUGAUCACGGCUGAUCACCCCCAAUCAGUACCCCGUUCCUGCCUUCUCCCCAUAUCCCCUGACUCCACUAUCAGAUACUGAUAUGUUCUGUA